AGAAGGCGGAGAGGGAGAGGGAGAGAGAGAAGGUGGAGAGAGAGAGGGAGAGGGAGAGGCAGAGGCAGAGGGCGCAGCAGGAUAUGGAGAUGAUUAGGGCGGCGGCGGUGGCGAGGGCGAGGGGGGAUGGGAGUGGGAGUGUGGUGGAGAGUGGGAUGCCACCCAACCCACAAUCCCAACCUCCACCCUCCUCAUCCUCCUCCAUGCUCUCCCCCUCCGCCUUUCCACAAUCUCAAUCCCAAUCCCAAACACAGUCACAACGCCCACAAUCGUCCUCCUCACGCUCCAUGCAACCCAAAUCCUCGUCAAUACAAGGACAAUCGCAGGGACAAGGACAGGGACAAGGACAAGGACAGGGGCCGUCGCCACGUUCACGUCCAGACGCGAGUCCGAGUCGGUCGUAUCCCGAUUCUGGCGCGGGCGUUGGUGUUGGGAGUAAUCGUGCGUAUACAGAUGUUGGAGCGAGUCCGAGUCGUGCGUAUGCGGACAGGGACAGAGACAACAGUGGCGCAAGUCGUGCGUAUGUGGACAGGGACAGGGACGGCGGCGCGCAUCAGCAUCAUCCGGGACAUGCGCAUUCGCUUUCGCAGAGUUCACAAGGGCAUGGACUUCCGUAUUUGAAUAUGACGAUACCGAUGGGCGAGCGGAUUGGGGAUCGGGAACGUGAACGUGAAAGGAUGGGAGAAAGAGAGCGCGAACGGGAGCGAGAACGAGACAGGGAGCGUGAACGUGAGAGGGAAAGGGAGAUGAUAGCCCGCGCAGGACCAGGUAUCGGAGUCGGAUCCGGGUCAGCGCUACGAGAGAGAGAUAGGGAGGCCGCGAGGGAAGUCAAGAGGGAGUUAUUAGUUAGGGAGCAGAGGGAACAACGCGAGCGCGAGCGCGAGCGGGACAGGGAUCGAGGUGAGAGGGAGAGGGAGAGGUUGGAGAGGGUGCAGAGGGAGUGGAUUGAUGAGAGGGAGAGAGAUCUGGUGUUGCCGCCGUAUCCGAGUUUACCGAGAGGACAUGGACAUGGACAUGAGUUUGGGAUGGGGCAGCAGCAGCAGCAGCAGCAUAGGAUGGAUAUGGGGAUAGGCAUGGGCAUGGGCAUGGGAAUGGGAAUGGGGAUGGGGAUGGGAGCACAUAUUUUGAGGAGACCGUCGCCUGGGCUUGGGCCGUCUGGACCAGGUGGUGGUGGUAGCGGGAGUGGGGGGAGAGGAAGAGACGUGUAUAGUGCCCAAGCGCCCGGGGGUUCGAGGGAGAUCGAGCUCCGAGAGCGGGAGCGGGAACAGGUUCAGCGGGAACGCGAACGCGAAAGGGAGAGAGAGCGCGAGAGGGAAAGAGAGCAACAACAACAGCAGCAGCAUUUGGCGCAUUCGGCGGGUUCGGCGCCCCCUGGACACCCACAUUCGCAUCCACAUUCGCAUGUCCAUGCUCAUCCGACGCAGGCGCAAGUGCAGCAGGUACAUCCGGGGCAUCUGGGGCAUCAGCAUGGGCAUUUGCACGGGCAUUCGGUGCACCAGCAUCCGUCGUCGCAGCAGCAACAACAAGGCCUCGCACCUUCGAUUCCGUCCGGUCGCGAUCGAGAGCGUGAAAGAGACCGGGAACCGUUGAGCAUACGCGACAGGGAUCGGGAACGAGACCGAGAAAGCGUGCGCGAGAGGGAAAGAGACGCACGGGAACGUGAACGGGAGCGCGAGCGCACCGGCAACAACAACAACACCAACAACAAUAACAACAGCUCUUCGAUCUCGCUCUCCCUCCAUCCGCACCCGCAUGCGCAUCUGCCCAAUCCGGCGUUACCCCCGAAUCACCCUGCCAACAACCCGAACGGUUUCGCGCCGAACUAUGCGCGCGGUGUUGGUGUCGGUGGUGAUUUGGGCAUCGGCCAUGGACUUGGUGGGCUCUCGCAGAAUCCGAAUAUGAUCCCGAAUUACGUGCACGGUUCGACCCCGACGUGGAACCCGAAUCCGAACCUCGACCGUGACCGGGAUCUUUUCCUCCCGGCAUGGGGACACGGACCUGCACACCAGAUGCCGAUGCCGAAUCAGGUCCUUGGGGGGUUGAGCACGAUGCCUGCACCAACGACGUCCCAGCAGCAGCAACAGCAGCAGCAGCAGGUGGUGGUGCCGACGUUCCCGCCUGUUGAUCUUGGGACUUUUGUGUUUCCGGAUUUGCCGUUUCCUUAUUUCCCGGAGACGAGGAGGCUUUCUGGGACGGCUGCGUCUACGACGACGACGACGACAAACUCUGACUCUACGACGACGGAAUCUAAACCCAACUCCAACACCCCUGCUACUGCUACCGCUGUCAAUCCUUCCACCACCGGUCCUGGAGACGGUGAUGUCGAAAUGAAAGACAAGACUCAACCUCACUCACACGCUCACACACAUUCCCGAUCCGCCUCCAAACGCAUCCAGCUCGCGAAGGAGCGGGAGAAGCAGAUGGAGAGGGAGAGAGAGAGGGAGAAGGAGUUGAUGACGGAACGGAGGGUGACGGUGCUCAUUCCGGCUGGGUUCUUGCCGUUUGGGAGGCCGAAGAAGUUGAGGAUCUGGGGUGGGGGGGCUGUGCUUGCGGGUGCUGCUGGUGGGGUGAGCAGUGGACUGACGCAGCAGCAACAAGUGCAGUUGAUGCAGGCGCAGGCGCAGGGCGUGCCGAGUAAUGUUUUGGUGCAGAUGCAGGCGCAGAUGCAGGCGGGCAUGUCGUUGUAUGAUCGCGAGAUGAUGAUGGCUCCUGGCCAACAACCACCACCACCACAACAACCACCGACGUAUCUGUUCUCGCAACCACAGGUGCAGGAGAGACGGAUAUAUACGGACGAUUCGGAUCUGCCGACUUGUGCGGUGCAUGCUGGGUUCGUGAGGUGGUGCGAUCUCGCCGAGGCGCGGCGGAGGGGGAAGGAUAUGAAGGUGUUGAUUCGGAUCGUCGUUCCUUCUUCUGCGGCAUCACCUGCGUCGUCGAGUAUCGGGAUCGGUAAAUACGUUGGUGGCGAGGGCGCGAGGUGGAGAGGGUGGGAUUUGGUCAAUGCUGUGAAGGGGAAGGAGAGGGAGAGGGAGAGGUUAGCGGGGAGAGAGGAAGGGGAGGUGUUGGAGAAUGAGGACGAGAGAGUGGAUGGUGGACGGGGGAGAAAUAAAAAUAGGGGUGGGGACAGGAGGAGGCAGGAAGUGAGAGAGGAAGAGGAAGAGAUGGAACAGGAUGGGAGGAAGGUGUUUAGUGGUGGGUGGGGGAACGGCCACGAUGGCAGCGGGAUCGAGAUUUUGGAUGUGGAGUUUGUGCCGAGAGGGACGGCGCAUAAUCAGCCAGGUCUCGGGCGUAAGAACCGAAAACAGCGUCUUCGAGAAUACGCAGAAGGUCGCUCGCUCGUACUCGCAGACUCCACUCCACCGUUCACAUCGCCAUCAUUCUCAACAAAACGCACAUUCACGCCCGAUCCCGACGAAGUCUCGCGACUUAAACGACGCAGAAGAACCAUGGAGAUCCUCGACGCAAACAUCCCCUUCCCCUCCACUCUCAUCGAUCGCGAGCGCCCGCAGUAUGGUAAGGACACGUCCGACGAUGAUACGGGGAUGUGGAGCACUAGGAUGUGGGAUGCGGACGGCAAGGUGGCGAAGGUUGCACCGGCGUGGAUGGAGUUUGGAUGUGGUGAUGAAGGGUGGGAGGAGAAGAGGUGUGCGGCGAUGACGGUUACGUUCGAUGGCCAAACAGGGAGAGCUGGGUUCGAGUAUGAACCGGCGAUCCUUCGCGAUGUCCUCUUCGAUCCUCUAGCAUUUGGCCGUCGGCCUCAUCGCAAGUCUUCAAACCUCCACCAUCGCCCACAUAAACGACGACGACUCGAGCUCGAUAUAGUCCGUCCGCACGAGGAGGACGAAAACGAUGACGACGACGAUGAAGAUCCUCGCGACAUCGUUCUCGAAACUCUGACAGAAAAGUUCCUCGUGCAAGCUUACGAUGAAGAACCCAGUGUACACUCCACCGCCGAAGGCGCGGACAAGGAAAAUAUUGGCACUGGUACAACGGGUAUGGAUGUGGACGCGACGGAACAAGGUGGUCAGACGGGCGCAGACGAUCUUGAGAUGGAGCUGGGCGUGCCACCGCCGUUUAUGCCGCCGAAACCGACGCCCGAGAGAAGAUGGAUGAUAUCGUUGAUCGUGGAUGAGGGCACAGACGGUGCAGGUGAUGUGGGGAGUGCCGAAGAGGAGAAAGCGACGGAAGUGUCAGAGGAGAAGCCGCCUGCAGAGUCAGAGCCGAAGGCGGCGGAGGAGAAGGAUGCUACUCCGUCGGAAGAUAUCCCUGAAGCUGCCUCUGAAGGCGUCGAGAAAGCUCAGGACGCAGAUGCCACUUCAGCACCUGUAGAGUCUCAGGCACCCAGUACAGAAACAUCGGCGCCUCCUCCUCCAGCUACCUCCGAGAAGCAGCCUACUCCACCAGUACCUGCAACGGAGCCUGAAACACUGGCAGCUCCGUCUGGCGAAGGCAACAAGAACGAUGCUUCUCCAUCAGCACAGCCCUCGCCGCUUCCUCCCCUCCCACCUCCAUCCCCCACCGUCUCCAAUCUAUCUAGCACCUCCGACCUCAAUCGCACAAAAUCCUUCUCCACGUCCUCGGGGUCGAAACCCAACUCCAAAUCUACUGUGAAGAAAGUCAGGAUCGCGGAAGCGCUGCUGCCGCUGAAGUCGAAGGACGAGAAGUGGAAGAAGAACGCGAAGGUUCUGCAGCGCGAUCUGACGCCGGCAAACUUCGAUUUCGUGAAGGGUGAGGUGAGGGUGUUGGGGGAUGUGGGUGAGGAUGGAACGAGGAAGGGUUGGGCCAUCGAGGUGAGGAGGUGGUGGUGGGCUUGAGAGAAGUAUGAGAUGCUGUUUCUUCGUUUUUAUUUCUUUAUUUCCUGCUUUUCAUUCGUGGUUCAUGGUAGAGUUCUGUUUUCGGUCUUUCUUUUCCUUUCUUGUUAUCUCUCUUACUUAUCUUCAAUGAACGUCAAACGUCUUCAGUGCAUGCUUGUAGCAAUAGUCCAGAAAUGACCUCGAGACGAUGCUUGAUGCUCAUGUGUACUCAUACUCUUUAUAUACGACAGUUACAAUUCUUCGAGUCGACGUCGGGUCCUAGACACCUAUGAACAUCUUCUACAUGGUCUCGGGCCAGAACUGGAGCACCC